GCGGCGCAUAAAAGGCUCGGGCGGCCCAGGGUGCACCUGACGCAGAGAACGUGAGUCCGCGCUUCUGCCUGUCCGUACGUCUGGCCCUAGCCCACGCAGCUUUUAGAGAUGGCCUCCGGCAACGCACACAUCGGAAAGCCCGCCCCCAACUUCCAGGCCACUGCCGUAGUGGACGGCGCCUUCAAGGAGGUGAAGCUCUCGGACUACAGAGGGAAGUACGUGGUGCUCUUUUUCUACCCCCUGGACUUCACCUUCGUGUGCCCCACGGAGAUCAUUGCUUUCAGCGAGCACGCCGAUGACUUCCGAAAGCUGGGCUGCGAGGUGCUGGGAGUCUCCGUGGACUCUCAGUUCACCCACCUGGCUUGGAUCAACACUCCCCGGAAGGAGGGAGGCUUGGGUCCCCUGAACAUCCCCCUGCUGGCUGAUGUGACCAGAAGCUUGUCCCAUGACUAUGGUGUGCUGAAGGAAGAUGAAGGCAUCGCUUACAGGGGCCUCUUUAUCAUCGAUGGCAAGGGUGUCCUUCGUCAGAUCACGGUCAAUGACUUGCCUGUGGGGCGCUCCGUGGACGAGGCUCUGAGGCUGGUCCAGGCUUUCCAGUACACGGAUGAGCAUGGGGAAGUGUGUCCCGCUGGCUGGAAGCCAGGCAGCGACACAAUCAAGCCCAAUGUGGACGACAGCAAGGAAUACUUCUCCAAGCACAACUAGACCUGCUGACGGGACAAGUUUGGGUCUUCUCUUCCCACCUGUGCUGACCCAGGAAAGGCCAGCCUACCCCCUUGAAACUCCCUCAUCUGGGACCUUGGAGGACUUGGCUGAGGUCUUCUCAUGGCCCUGGUAGCUAAUGAUUGGUGGCCCCACCCUCCCUUUCCAGAUGUCCACCCACCGGGGUACGGGACUAAGGUGACCAAUAAAGUAUUAGGAACAGG